AUGACCUCACAGCGAUGGAUGCUGGCAUUCUGCUUUUUACUGGCCUCAGUUUUUAACAUAGGGGAGUCGAUCACAACAACAGAUACUCAGAAAUUCACUUGCAGGACAUAUGGCAGCGGGGUCUUCGAACCGUUCAACGGUUCAAAUUUCUACAUUCGGUCCAACUGCCCGUUCACACUCACGCGCUUCACCAACAACCGGGUUGGGUGUGACAUCACCGUACGGCGAGGUGACAACGGGCUGUUAGUCCAACUGGACAUCAUCAUCAACAAAGUCAGGACCGUGGUGCAGAACGGAAGCGUCAUGGUGGAGGAGAAAAGCAUCUCACUGCCAUACGACCACACCUACCAGCACAUCUUCCACUACGGCAUCUACACCAGGCUGAGGAGCUCGCUGCUCCCUCUGUCCGUCACCUGGCGCAGUGUACCUGGAGGAAUAGACGCUGUGCAGGUGGAGCUGGAGCAGAAGCUGAGCACCGACACGUCUGGACUGUGUGGAAAACACACCGUCACAGAAGACCAGCAGCAGCUGAUCACAGAGAGUGUGAUACCUGAGGACGCGUGUCGAACCCGGGAUCCGGUCUCCAAAGAGAACAAAGAAUGCAGAACGUUCCUCUCCUACACUUUGGAUUGUCUGCAAGCCCAGACGCCUCGCUACAUUCGACUCUGUGAAGAAAACAUUUACCGCUACGAAGGAAGCGAAUACAUCGGCUGUGCCUUCUUCAAAGAAAUAGUCCGACUGUGUGGCAAGGAACGCUUCAUCUGGCACCAUUGGAGAUCUUUAACCAAAUGUGAGGAACCGAGCUGUCCAGGAAGUCUUGUCUAUACAGACGAGGGUCAAGCCUUUCUGCCCAGCUGCUCCAACCCGAACCCCACGCCCUCCAACCAGGAGCUCAUCAGCUCCUGUGUCUGCCCAGAGGAUGAAGUCCUGAGUGAUCGCGCUGAUGGAUUUCACUGUGUCCCGUUGUCCGACUGCUCCUGUGUGUUUGCUGGACGGAGCUUCAUAAACGGGGACAUUCGAAGCACCAAGUGUCAGUCAUGUAUGUGUGAAGGUGGGAAAUGGCGAUGCUCAGAGAACCUCUGCCCCGCUGGAUGUGUCAUCGAAGGCCAGUUUGUGACAACAUUUGAUGGCAAACAAUAUGUCAUCCCCGGCAAAUGUAGUUAUGUGGCUGCACAGUGUCAAAACUGGGCCUUGACCAUCGAGUAUUCUGAAAAGUCACCCUCCCUGAAGGCAGUUAUUCUUCAGCUUUUUAAGGACACAUAUACAUUCGCAAAGAAUACGGUCACAUUCGGAGGGGAGGAGAUCACUGAACUUCAUCAGUCUGAUCACGCUCUGGUUUUCUGGCAGUCCUCCAUGUACGUCCAGGUCCACACGUCCUUCGGGAUGAACUUCCAAGUCCAAAUGUCCCCAGAAAUCCAGCUGUACGUCAGCGCGACCAGAAACCACACUGGCCUGCUCUCAGGUCUUUGUGGCAAUAACAACGACGACACCACAGACGACUUCACCACCAGCAGCGGGAUCAUCGAGAACUCGGCUCAGCCGUUCAGCCGGUCCUGGAGCGUGGGCCCCUGUGGCGUGGACAUACUCAGCAGCUGCAGCAACACUGACGCCGAGAUGUAUGCUGAUGAUAAAUGUUCCGUGUUGAACAACCCAACCGGGAUAUUUGCCGAGUGCCACGGCCACAUGCCAACGGAUCACUACCACACGGCCUGCGUCCAAAGGACAUGUAACUGUGGCCGCAGUGUGACUCAGUGCUUGUGUGCGGCUCUGGGCAGCUACGCCAAGGCCUGCGCCGCUCUGGGUGUUGUGGUCGGUGACUGGAGGAAAGCCACCAACUGCACUGUGACGUGUCAGAAGAACCUCGAGUUCUCCUACAACAUGCGAACCUGCAACCACACCUGCCGCUCUCUGUCCGGCGCUGACCCCCGCUGUGGGCCGGGUGGCGCCCCCGUGGAGGGCUGCGGCUGCCCGGAGGGAACUCACCUGAACAACGGGCAGAGCUGCACCCCCAAGGCCGAGUGUCCGUGUUACCACCACGACGGGGCGGCGGCCCCGGGGCCCGUUAUCAUUGACGGGAGGAAGUGUGUCUGCGAGGAUGGAGAACUGCACUGUGCUCAGGAUUGUGGCUGCACAAAUGGGAAGGUUUGUGUCCAUUGCUCUGAGAAGCCGAUGAACACGGCUCAGAAAACCUGUGAUGACAUCAGCAGACCGACGGGUGCCAGUCAAACCUGUGAGAGUGGCUGUUACUGCCCAGACGACCAGUAUGAGGAUCACCAUGGAAACUGCGUUUCCGUGUCCAACUGCACCUGUGUGUACAGUGGCAAAGUCUUCAGCGCGGGACAGCAAGUCAGAACCAACUGUAAAACAUGUGUCUGUGGACAGGGUCAGUGGCUCUGCCGGGACCAGCCUUGCCCGGGGCAGUGUCAAGUUUACGGAAGCGGCCACUACCGGACCUUUGACUCCAAAUGGUACCGCUUCGCUGGACAGUGUCAGUACACACUCGUGGAGGAUGACUGUGGGAACAGAAACGGCAGCUUCUCCGUCAGAGUGGAGAGCGUGCCCUGCUGCGAUGAGGCGCUCACCUGCUCUCGCUCCAUCAUCCUGGACCUGCAGGGCAAAGUCACCCUGACACUGAGCGACAUGAAGGUGACCCGGCGCCUCCACGACGGCUGGACCGUGCAGGAAGGUUCCCUUUACUCCACACACACGUUGGGACUCUACAUCGUGAUCUCAGUGCCGAGCAGAGGGAUCACUCUCAUCUGGGACAAACACACCCGGCUCACCGUCGAGCUGCACGAGCACUGGAGGAACCGAGUGUGCGGCCUGUGUGGGAAUUUUGACUCCAAUGAGAUGAAUGACCUCCUGAUAGGUGGCUCAGCAGUGUCCAGUCCCUUGGCAUUUGGCAACAGCUGGAGAGCCGCCACUCCUCCUUGCUCUGAUGUGACCACUGACAUAUUUCCAUGCGAACGCAACUCGUACUGCUCGGCCUGGGCCCAGCGGCGCUGCAUGAUCCUCACAGGAGACACAUUCAAGGACUGCCACUUAAAAGUGGAUCCAGAGCCCUACUACCAUGCCUGUGUGCAGGAGUCCUGCUCCUGUGAGUUUGAAGGGAAGUUCCUUGGCUUCUGCACGGCGGUGGCCGCCUACGCCGAGGCCUGCAGCGACCAGGACGCGUGUGUGAAAUGGAGGACACCGGAUUUGUGUCCGGUCUACUGUGACUACUACAACGAGCAGGGGCAGUGCAGCUGGCACUAUGAGGCCUGUGGUGAGAUGUUGAGCUGCGGCAAAGACGACUACAUCACUCACAAGCUGGAAGGCUGCUACCCCAGAUGUCCAAAGGAGGAGCCAUACUAUGAUGAAAAUACUGGUGAAUGCACUAAAUUAAGAAACUGCACUUGUUAUUUUAAUGGCACCAUCAUUCAACCUUGGGCAGCGGUAAUGAUGCAAGACUUUGAAUGUCGUUGUGAAAAUGGACAAAUUAACUGCCCACCUCCACCCACCACCACAGCUACCACCAAUCCUACAUCCAGCACUCCCACUACAGCUAGCUCAACUACGGCUGAAACACAGUCAACAACGCACCCCACCACCACCAGCUCUACACCAAUGACCACCAUUCCCAAUAUCUCAACUACUACUGAGCAUUGGUCAACUGAGCUUUCCACCACGUCUACACCAACAACUACGACUUCCUUCACUACGACUGAAACAAGGUCAAUAAAGCACCCACCCACCACCACCUCUACACCAAUGACAACCAUUCCCAAUAUCUCAACUACAAUGGAGAAUUGGCCAACUGAGCUUUCCACCACGUCUAUACCGACAACUACAACUCCCUUGACUACGGCUGAAACACAGUCAACAACGCACCCAACCACCACCACCUCUACACAAAUGACAACCAUUCCCAAUAUCUCAUCUACUACUGAGAAUUGGUCAACUGAGCUUUGGUCAACUGAGCUUUCCACCACGUCUACAUCAAUAACUACGACUUCCUUCACUAUGGCCGAAACACAGUCAACAAAGCACCCCACCACCACCACCUCUACACCAAUGACAACAAGUCCCAAUACCUCAACUACAAUGGAGAAUUGGUCAACUGAGCUUUACACCAUGUCUACACCAACAACUAGAACCACAUCAGAAGUCACUACUAGCUCACCAGAUAUAACUACAAUCCACACAACUCCUUCACUAACAAUGGCUGCCUCAACACAGAUUACAAUGAUGACAGAUAGCACCAAAUCUACCACAGUACAGAUGACCUCAACAGAGUUCCCUACAUCUGAACCAUUGAGCACAGUGCUUACCACAUCAUACACAUCUCAUCGUACUUUAUCCACUGAUGCUUCAACAACAGGGCGAACAGAACCACAGCCCACUGAGACAGUUAUGCCAACAGAAACCAUCCCAACACAAUCAACGACAACGCAUCGUGAGCCAACAGCAACACAACUUCGAUCAACCACCUUUGCAACCAAUGCUGAAACCUCAGGUCCGACUGUAGUAACCAUCACAGAACCUCACACUGACUCAUUGAACCACUAUAUGAAUGUAACCACGCAACCCAGUACCACCGCCUCAGAAGCAACGUCUACAUUUACGACAAUGCCACCAACAACCUAUACCACUGAGGUUUCAAGCUCCUCAACCACUGUGUGCGAGUGUAAAGACCUAAAGAGGAAAAAACGCUGGGAUUGCGGUGAGACGUGGACAGAGGACUGCUUCCAUAAGACCUGUGCCGAUGGGAAGAUAGAGUUGACUUCGGUGGUUUGUCCAAAGCUUGUGAUUCCCAACUGCCCCAGAAACCAGUCCACAAAAGUCUUGGAUGGAUGCUGUGAAACAUGGAAGUGUGACUGUCGCUGUGAGCUAUACGGGGACCCCCACUACAUCUCCUUCCAAGGUGUAAGCUUUGAUUUCAUGCUCGAAUGCACCAACAUCCUGGUGGAGGAGCGGUCACCGCACCAUAAUCUGACUAUUGCUGUGGAAAACGAAAACUGUGUAGAAGGCCUCCGAGGAUCCUGUGUUAAAACUGUCAUCUUGACAUAUCAUAACAACACAGCUACACUCAGUAUCCUGCCAACUUUGCAGAGCGUACAGGCCACUCUGAACAACGUGACCAUCGAGCCGCCAUACGAGGAGUAUGGGUUUAGGUUUGAGACCACGACGUACACGGUUUCACUCUACCUCCCAGAGAUCCGCUCUUUUGUCUCCCUCAGUUCGUCCUAUAUCCUGGUGGUCAAUUUGGCCAUGGAGCACUUCUUCAACAAGACCCAGGGACAAUGUGGUGUAUGUGGCGUUGGAUCAUGUAUCCGUAAAGGAGGGCAGAUGGAGGACGACAGCUGCUGUGAUAAGACGGCGUACGGCUGGGUGUCCGAGAACCCGCUGAUACCAGCCUGUGCUUCUCCAUCGAGGAGCGUACCGUGUCUCUCCCCCACAACAGUAUCCCCUCCAACGACCACUGUCAGCUCCUGCCCUGGGAGCUCUCUGUGUGAGCUGCUGGACCACCCAGCUUUUUCUAAUUGCAGCGAGUUCGUGAAUUUGAAGCUCAAAAAGCAGAACUGUGAGUACGACUCGUGCAGGAAUGGCCCCUGCUCCUCGCUGGAGCAAGCUGCCAUGGAGUGCAUGAAUGCUGGUUCCUGUGUUGACUGGAGAGCACUGGCUCCUCGGAGCUGCCCUGUGACGUGUCCACGCGGAUUGGUUUUCAGAGAAUGUCACGACAAGCUGGACGACUUCUGCUACGGAGGAACGGUUCAUCCAGGAGCCGCCCUGGAGAAAGGCAGAGGAGGCUGUUUUUGUCCCAGCGGCCAAAUCAAGUCCGGAAACCACUCGAACAUCUGCGUGCUGAAAUGUGCCUAUUGUAAAGGACCACUCGGUGAGCCCAAACUGCCUGGGGAGGAGUGGCACUCCAACUGUCACGUGUGCACAUGUAACAACCAGACUCGCUCAGAGGAGUGUGUUCCCAGACCUCUUGAGCCAGUUCUGCAAUGCGGCCCCAGUGCCGUACUGGUAAACACCCCGUGCUGCAAGAAACAGAUUUGUGUUGAGAAGACGUGCAGUCAUAAUGAGCAGACGUACCAGGUAGGAGACCGGUGGAAGGACGCCGACCAUCCCUGCAUGUCAUUCCAUUGCAUCAAAGAGGGGAUUCACACUGAGACUCGAGUCUGUCCCGAGGACAAGUGUCCUGAGGAGGACAGAAUUUGGGACGACCAACACUGUUGCUUCACAUGUAACCAGAGCUGUGUCCCGAGGGUAACUGCUAUCAACGUCACAAUCAGCAACUGUACCGCCCUCAUGCAGGUGCCAAUGUGUCAGGGCCACUGUGAGUCUGAGCCCAGCGUUGUGUUACGCGGUGACCUGCUCGUGACGCAGAAGAACAAUUGCUGUCGGACGCGGAGCUCCGUGAACAAACGGGUGACCCUGCAGUGCUCGGACCUCACGGCCAGGAGCUUCAGCUACCAGCACGUCACCGGCUGCGACUGCAAAGCCUGCGACCCGCUGCCCUGAAACAUCUCGGCACCGCAGACCGGAAAUAAGCUUCAUGGCCACGUUGCCUUCUUGAUUUACAGAUCAAAAGCGGGAUUCUAUGGAUAUGGAUUCUUAAAUAAAAUCUCUCACUGUAUUUUUUCAUCUAAAGCGAUUCUUUAAUCUACUUCAAAUCAAAUAAACUUAACCAUUGACAACUUG